UUCUCCAGGUGCCAGUCUAGGGUACAAUUUUAGUACCUUUCAAAUAAACCUCACGCUUUCUUGCUCGAACGAGGUUCCGACACGAACCAACUCCAGCCCUGCCCGCCAAGCGACUCUAUCCAGCUCCGAGUGCGGGACGAGGGAGGUUCACACGGGAUGUAACAACAGCAAACCACCCCGUCCUUGGAAACAAACUCCUCCCACACCCCCUCCUCUCCGCCACCGCCGCCUCAGCCCGGUGUCUGUCCUAAGGUGGAAGACACAAGCAGCCAGCGUUAAAUGUUGACACCCCGCGGUGUUUGGCUGGUUUCUCUCUCGCAUCCGUCUUAUUUCUCCCCCACCCCGCACAGACACACAGCUAAUGUGGAUGUGCGCUGAUCGCGCCGAGAGCCGCCUGGCCGUUGCACCGUGCUCGGCGAUGGAUGCUGGCAGAUAGCGAUCGCCAUGAGACCCGGGGCUGCUUUCUCGCUGCCGCUGCUCUGCUCUCCAGCACUGGAGUGUGGCGCUUUGGCAGCGCCAGUUCCCGCAGCUUCAGCCUCCCCGGCGGUUGCCUGCACACCCCGGCACACUCGCAGCGUUCACUCGGGCUCACCGAGUCCGGCCACAGUGCCUGCGCUGGAGCUCCAUCCCAGUUUCGUCGAACGGUUCCCGAACAAAGGUCUGGGAGAACACAACUUCUGCCGCAACCCCGACGGGCUGAAGCCCUGGUGCUUCAUCAGGAAUCGCUGGGGAAGGAUAGACUGGGCGUAUUGCAGCUGCAGACAGGGUUUGGUCAGAUUGCAAGGAGGUGGAAAUGCUGGCGAAGGCAGAGUUGAAGUGUAUGUGAACGGAGUAUGGGGAAUGAUCUGCAACAGGAAAUGGGACGAUCGGGAUGCUUCAGUUGUUUGUCGGCAUCUUGGACAUGGUGUAAGUGGCAAAGCUGGCCAGACCCUCCUUUCUGGAUUGCCAUUGGCUCCUGUACACUGGAGCAACGUCCAGUGCCGAGGUGAUGAACACAGUUUAUUUGAGUGUGCGAGGGAGACCAGGCAGCGUGGCAGCUCUCUCCACAAACGGGCAGCUGUGGUUACUUGUUACUCUUCCAAAGGAUCUAUAUUUGUUCCAAUCCGACUGGUUGGUGGUAGCUCUAAAUAUGAAGGCCGUGUGGAAGUCUAUCGUUCUGGGCAAUGGGGAACUGUGUGCGAUGACCACUGGGAUGAGGCAGAUGCUGAAGUUGUCUGCAGGCAGUUGGGCAUAAGUACUUCAGCCAAGGCGCAGAAAUUGGCUCAUUUUGGAGAAGGCUCUGGUCCAAUAUUAUUGGAUGAUGUGCAGUGUACAGGAAAUGAACUUUCUAUAGACCAAUGUCCCAAGAGUUUGUGGGGAGAGCAUAACUGUGGGCACAAGGAAGAUGCAGGUGUAUCCUGCAAUCCUCUCAGUGACGGUACACUGCGCUUGGUCGGCGGAGAGGGUAGCCACGAAGGACGGCUUGAGGUGUAUUAUCGUGGCCAGUGGGGAACUGUCUGUGAUGAUGGGUGGACAGAAGAGAAUGCUCGAGUUGUUUGCCGACAACUAGGAUUCAGAUAUACACAGAAACCACUGGUGGGACAACUUGAAGGAGGUUCUGGACCAAUUUACUUGGAUGAUGUCAAUUGCUCAGGUCAGGAGUCGUCGCUGGUUUUGUGCCCCAGAAGCGACUGGGGUCGACAUGACUGCAGUCACCAGGAGGAUGUAACUGUCAUCUGUACACUCAAUGCUGACAAUGAUAUCCAGGAAAUCCCUUUUGGUCCUCCUAUCAGGCUGAUGGAUGGUGAAAAUAAGAAAGAAGGACGUGUUGAAAUUUUUAUCAAUGGUCAGUGGGGAACCAUUUGUGAUGAUGGAUGGACUGACAAGGAUGCUGCUGUGGUCUGCCAUCAGCUGGGAUACAAGGGCACAGCCAAGGCAAGAUCACUGGCCUAUUUUGGAGAUGGUGUGGGACCAAUACACAUGGAUAAUGUGAAAUGCACUGGGAGUGAACAGACACUGGAAGACUGCAGCAAACAAGAUAUCGGGACACACAACUGUCGACACAGUGAGGAUGCAGGUGUGAUCUGUGACUAUAUUGCCAACAAAGCAGGAAGCCUCAGCAUCAUAGGGUCCACAAAUUCCCUCUGUGGCUUACGGUUACUAAACCAACGGCAAAAACGGAUAAUUGGUGGAAAGAAUUCAUUGAGGGGCGGGUGGCCUUGGCAGGCAGCCAUCCGACUGAGAUCAUCCCACAGAGAAGGGAGAUUGCUGUGUGGUGCCACAAUCAUUGGCAGCUGUUGGGUCCUGACUGCAGCUCACUGCUUUAAAAGGCAUGGCAACAACACAAAAAACUACAUUGUGCGCGUUGGUGAUUACCACACAUUAGUAUCUGAAGAAUACGAGCAAGUUCUUGAAGCGAAAAACAUUAUUAUCCACAAGGACUAUAAACCUGAUGCUAACGACUAUGACAUUGCAUUGGUAAAGCUUGAAGGUGACCAGGAACAGUGCAUCAAACUCAAUGCCCAUGUCCUUCCGGCAUGUUUGCCACACAGAAGAGAACGUACACCAAGGAAAGGUUCGAACUGCUACAUAACUGGAUGGGGUGACACAGGGAGAGCUUAUUCAAAGACGCUGCAGCAAGCUGCCAUUCCACUGCUUCCCAAAAGACGUUGUGAAGGCCGAUACAGGCAGAGAUUCACCAGCAGGAUGCUCUGUGCAGGAAACUUACUGGACCACAAGCGGGUAGACAGCUGCCAGGGCGACAGCGGUGGGCCACUGAUGUGUGAGAAAGCAGGAGGCCGCUGGGUAGUGUUGGGUGUGACUUCCUGGGGACAUGGCUGUGGUGUCAAGGAAACCCCAGGUGUUUACACCCGAGUGUCUGCUUUUGUGCCUUGGAUUGAGCGUAUGACUAACCUGUGAGUAGCCAGGAUCAGAAGACUGGUGCAUGUUGCUAAUUGAUCAUCAUGCAUCCCUUAUCUUCCAUUUCUUUCCCUGUGAAGGAGCUCCACAAAUUCACUCUCCAACAACAAGAGCACUUCAAGGAGUCAAGGACCAAGACAGCAACCUCAUUGUGGAGCUUCUGUAAUUAAAGAGCAACAACAGAACUGGAGAAGUGGUGGUGAUUGAGUCAAUCGUUUGGAGGACAAAAAACAUUUGUACGGGAUUUUAACUUGUUGCAAAUAUGUUGCACAAUAUAAAAUGUACAGACAUUUUGAAUUUCCAGCGAUUUUAAUUUUCCUGGACGGGGAACUCAUGGUUAAGAAUAACAAUAUUUAUUUAUACUUUUUCAUAUUUUGGUUACUCGGUGGUGCCAUAUUGUGGAGAAAAUCUGUACAGCUGCAUCACUUUAGUUAUGUUAAAAGCAGUGCACUAAACAAGCACAGAACCUUGCCAUCUUUAAAAGAUCCAUUCAUCCAGACUGUACGUUAAAUACAUGGGGGAGGUGUAGAACAGUGUCAACACUCCAUAUUCAUGCUAUGUCAACAUCAGUUAUAUCUGAAUUAACUGAGAAAAUUGCACUAGCUUGUAUAAAAAGGUUUUAUUUUCUCUAGUUUUACUAAAAGCACAAAGUGCGAAGAACCAACAUGAACUAAAAUGUUCAGUCAAUUAUUUGCCCUGAAAUUUUGUUUUUUACUUGAAAAAUUGUAUGCACUUGUUUUUAAACUGCUUGCCACAAUUAUAUACAAACUACAAAUGAA